AUGAGUAGUCUACGCACCUGCGGCUCUGAAUGGCUUAGAGCAAAAGAACAAGAGAAAAAAGUGCAACAACACCUGAUUUACCUAGCCGAGUUCAACAAGAAACAGCGCAAAGAACGCGCGGCCCGAGCGCUCGAAAAACAAAACAGAAUCAAGCAGCGGGUGCAAGCUGCCGCUGAGAUGGAGCUACGUCGGAAGAUCACCAUGGUACGCCAGUGGAGGAUCAAUGAGAAGAAACGACUGAGCCGCUUGAAGCAGGAGCGGGAAUCGAAACAGAGGUGGCUGGAAGACGAGGUAGGUAGCGUAUCAGGACAGAAGACCCCCUACACAUCUCAAUUUGACGCUUUCUUUUCUGUUAUUGUAAAUUAUCUUUAGACGGCCAGUUCUUUGAACCAAGUACUAACUUUUGUACUCGUCUUAUAAUAAUACUUCCACAUUAUCUGGCCUAAAAGUUAUCAACGAACGAUACUAUGAUUAUCUAAAAGUUCUUGCAUUUUCCAUAUUUUUUAUGAUGAUAUUGAUAAAAUGAUCGGAGUCCGAUUUUAUCAAUAUCGAAUGGGCCGGCUCGACCGGAGUGAUACCACGGCCUCACAAAAAACCGACGUGAAGCAACGCUUGCGUUGUGUUUCGUCGUGUGAGUGAGGGUACCGGAGGCCCAACCCCGUCCUAUUCCCUUCCCUCUACCCCUCUACCCGUCCCUCCCUAAGAUCAUAUUCGUCCCUCAAAGGCCAGCAGCGCGCUUGUGGUGUUGCAGGUGUCCAUGGGCGACGUCGAAACGGGGGUGCCAAAGGAAUGAGUUUAGAAUUAGCUCAGCGUCUCGCUACUGAAGCUAUGUCAAGCGCUAUAUCGACCCAAGGUGACGCCCUGAUGACCCUGGGACAGGCCAGGGCAAGGAUGGAUAUAGAGACGAUCCUACCAACGGCCCCGAUCAAACUGCUUGAUGAAGUGAUGGAGUGGGGGGAAGCGGUGGAGGGCCUCGCGUCAGCGGUGGUUGAUAACCGCGUGCGCGGCGACUGCGCCGACGUGAGACGAACUAGCGAGUUCCUGGCGCACAGGAUACUGCGCUCGCUGCGGACGGAAAUGAACGAGGAGAAGAAGAGAUUGAAACAACUUUUAGAGUCUACAGAAGAAACUGAACUAAAGGAUUUCUAUGUACCUGGAGAAGUACAAAAGGAAAGUCCUAGUGAGAACUCACCAUGA